AUGCUCUCAGUAAGCCGAAACGUGUCUGAUACUAGAUUUAAUGAGCUUAAACAACUUCUGAAUGUAAAGGCGGUCGAGAGUUAUGAUAAAUAUCUAAGGUUGCCAACUGUCAUUGAGAUUGAUAGCAUGAUAUCCAGAAUCUUUUGGAGUGGUGAUGUUAGCCGACGUGCAAAGAAUUGGUGGCGUAUUUACACUCAUCCAGAGACUUUACUAGCGAGGGUGUUCAAGGGAGUAUACUUCCCGAGAGGCUCGGUUUGGGGAGCCCGAAAGGGUUACCAUCCUAGCUACGCUUGGACCAGCAUCCUCAAAACUAGCUGGAUUUUUGAAAGAGGAGGAUUAUGGCCCAUUGGAGAUGGCUCGAAGGUCCAAGCAUGGACUGAUAAAUGGUUGCCGAAUGGAGUCCCGCUCACAUAUCGGGUUGACGUAGCGGAGGCUCUUGGCAUUGUUCGGGUUUCAGAUAUGAUCGAGGAAGGUCCAAAACGUUGGAACCGUGAGUGGGUUGAAGAGGGUUUUCACCCAGCGACAACAUCACAUAUUCUUGGCAUUCCUUUGGAUUUGCAUGGCGGGGAGGAUGUGUUAGCUUGGCCUCAUGCUUCCGAUGGCCAAUAUACUUCUAAAACAGGUUAUAAUUUCAUUUGUGGCUUGCUAGCAUUGGAGGCGGCUUCAUCAUCUUCAUCUAUGAGGUUGACGUUACCACCCAAACUUUGGCGCCAAUUCUGGUCAACCGACGCUCUCCCAAGGUGCAAGGAAAUAGUUUGGAGAGCAAUCCGGGGUUUUCUUCCAGUUUGGGCUCAACUCUUCCUGCGUCAUGUGGAUACGGACCCAGGCUGUGUUUUUUGCGACCAUGACAGCGAGUCCACUGAGCAUAUCUUUAUGCGGUGCUCGGCAGCGAUGGCGAUUUGGUAUGCUUCACCCCUCUCCCUUCGAGUCGAGAGCGUGUCGUCUUUCCAGGCCUUGUGGACAUCGAUAAUACAUGAGCAACAACCCGAGGUGGUGGCAAUGGCACAAACAAUGAUUUAUCAAAUAUGGGAGGUGAGAAACAGAGUUCUCUUUCGUGAUGGCAAGCUGGUGGUGGCGGAGGUUAUUGAUCGUGUGCUUGGGAUGACAAGGGUGGCUCUUCCAAGGGCCCGUGAGGAGUCCACGACAAGCAUAGCUGUGUGGUGGCGACCGCAAGAACGAGUGGUAAAACUUAACUUUGAUGCUUCUUUUGUGGAUGGUAACGUGGCAGGGUUGGGAAUGGUUGCUCGCAAUCAUCGUGGCGAGAUCAUGGCAUCAGCGACGUCCUAUCCGGUGCCCACUCUAUCAGCUUUGUUGGCGGAGGCUUGUGGUUUGAGGUGGGCGAUGCAGUCGGCAACAGAGCUUAGCUUUAGGAGAGUUUGUCUGGAGACAGAUUGCCUCCAGUUGUUCCAGUGGUGGCAGAAGGCUGUGGUGGGUCGUUCCUAUUUGGAUAACAUUAUUAGAGAUUGUCGUACUUAUGUUUCGUUUUUUGAUUUCUUUUCUUUAUCUUUUGUUAGACGUACUGGCAACUCAGUUGCAGACUUUUUGGCUAAGAACGCUUCCACUUAUGCGAAUUCAGUAUGGGUGGAAGAAGUUUCCGAUGCCGUUAUUGGUUUGGUAAACUUGGAUGUACUUGCUUCUCCAUUUGGCCCUUAA